AUGAAUCCUUGUGCGCCAACAUUUAUCCCGGUUGACCCUUCGGAAGAUGAGUUCUCUUCUGACGAAGAUGAGUCUUCUACUCCGUCUUCCAUGGAAGUACGACAUCCAGAGCAAGAUGUACGCUCGCCUCGAGCACGGCCCCGUGGUAGAACGAUUCCUUCCAUCACCAUCGACCCCGAAGGAUACGACUCCAUGUUCCCUGCUCUUGGAUCUGUAAACCAGGUUGACCCUCUCAAGAUUCGGAGUCCAAAAAUGAAACAGAAGCAACGAAGCAGGUGCCGUAGGCCCAGAGGCAAAGACGACCGGGGCCUGUCCUCAGAAUUGGUCAAUGAUGAACAGUUGAGCAUAGAGCAUCAGUUCUCGCAGUGCGCUGAUGAUGAGGAAGAGACUAGUAAACAGCCUCCCCUGGAAUAUCUGAAACCGACAGUUUACACUCCGAGGAAGUCACUCGAAUUCCUCAAACCAGACGUUUAUACACCUCCAGCCUCAUCUCACAACUCUACCAGUCGUCCUAAAACCAGGGGAAGCAUGCGGCCGGCCAUCUCCAGAGCCAGAACCAGGUCUCCUAGGCGGGCAUGGAGGCCCCCAACUCCCCAUCCAGACGGUAGACCACGAGGCUCCAGAUUACGACGUACACCUGCUCCAGACCAGAGAUUUAUGUCAUCAGCAGGAUAUCCGGUUCCUCUGGUUUCCCCAAAUCCCACUUACAGCCACUUUCCAUCAGAACCUCCCCAUCCAAUGAUGCAUCAUCCGAUCAACUAUGCGCCACGUAUGGGGCCAUCUCUGGUACCGCCUAUGAUGCCAUUCUCGCCUCUAGCAUGGCCUCUUGCCCCAGUCCCGUGGUCGGCCCAUUUGGCUCUACCAGAGGUUGUGAUGGACUAUCCGGAGGACUAUGAUAGCCAUUAUGAACAAAUGGAUUGGCCUUCAUUUGAGGGAGACAGUGGGAUGUAUUAUGCGCCGCAGCCGGCAGCAAAUCUGCCGCCACAACAUUUCGUCUAUUAUCAGCCCCAUAGUCAAUACCGAAUGCAUUUGCAACCUCCAGAAAGGUCUGGAUUCCAUCCAACUUCCCGGGGCAGUGAUUCACAGAGUGAGUCGAGGAGUCAGCCCUCAAGAAGUCAGCAUGAGCAAAAGGCCAGUACUUCUAGUUCCGCCAAGGCAAGCAACUCUAGCUCUGGCGCAGCUACCAAUGUGUCUGAUACUACAACCCCUUUGAGAACCCAGUUCGAUAUGAUCAAAGAUCAAAGUGGAGGGGCACAGCUGAGGUCAAAGCACAACAAUGCCGUUUGCAGUGACGACUCGACACAAGAGGAUGUCAAGAAAGAGCUUCGCAAGGCGGCUGACUAUAGUAAGAUCAAAGGGUUCAUCCCAACUCGGCAGGCACAAAAUUCACACGAUUCUCCUCGCGUUGGGAGAGGUGCGAAGAUCAACCUUAAGCGAGAGACCACACCCCAAGAGGAGAACAAAGCUCAAGAGACUCAUAGACUGGUCGAUCCGCUCCAGAAUGCACCCAGAGGUCCAUCUUCCGCCCGCCAACUUCCUCAGACGUUCAGUUCUACCUUGAAACAGACUUUCAAUCUGAAUGGGUCUGAAUCGGGUUCAUGGUCUCAAUCCAAAAGAUGGACAAGCUUUGCUACAAAGGAACGGCAGGCAUUUCAGAAGAUGAUGGCCAAUCUGCGCUACAUGAGCGCCGACCAGUCUCCAUUUGUUCCUCAGAGCCCAGUAGAGCUGACAGCUUUCAAAGCAAACCUGGCAGAAUCAAAGACGAGGAAGCUCGAUCAAGAGGUUAAGCAACGUCUGGCAAGGACGAAUGCGAGCGUCGAUGAAGGCGCGGAGACUCAAGUCCAACCUGUUGUGGAGUUCCUCCGUGGGAAGAAAUUUGAUGAUGGUCUUUCCCCCGUGUUCGCAGCUAGCAAUUGCUUCAGCACAUCACAGAACCAGCCGCCGUAUGGAGCUGGAUGGCCAACCCUCGCCGAACUCAAGGAAGAGGGAGACAAACGCUCGAGUCGACAGGGUCGGUGCCUGCCUCUACCAAAGCUGGAUCUCGUUUCGCACACAUUAUGGUCGGAAACAUCUGGGGCUUGCAGCUCUGACGGGGCAGUCCGUAACGAUAAGAGAACUGUUCAAGUCGGAUCCCACUAUCUCUGUCCUGUGACGCCAGAGGAGCCUUCUAUUGCGCCACCGAUCGAGCUGCAGCCAGAAGAACUCCCUUUUAUUCUUGCUGAACUACUUCAAUCCAUCGAUGCAGCCGAAGAUGAUGCGGAAUGGACGGAAGAGAACAACGAGAAGAUGAUUGGACAGGACCAUGAAGAGAAGGCCAAGGAAAAAGGAAAAGGAGCAAAAGAUUGA